GCCGGAGAAGCACACUGCGCAUGCGCAGCGUUCGGGCGGUGCCUGAGUAUAAAGUCUCCUGCAAACAUUGGCAUUUUUCCCCUGCAAGGCAAAAAUCCCUGCUCUCACAGUUCCUCUCCGUCUUCAACAAGCGUGAGCCACCAUGCCGUCUGAUCUGGAGAGAGCGAUGGAAACCCUCAUCACAGUGUUCCACCGUUACGCGGGGAAAGAGGGCAACAGCAACACGCUGAGCCGCAGAGAGCUCAGACAGCUCAUGGAGGCCGAGCUCGCCAGCUUCUUAAAGGCUCAGAAAGACCCUGCCACAGUGGAUAAGAUAAUGAAGGAUUUGGACACUAACGGAGACGGAGAGGUCAGCUUUGAAGAGUUUGUGGCGCUGGUGGUCGGUCUGUCCAUCGCCUGCGAACAGUGCUACCAGGUGAAGAAGUAAAAGAAGGAUGAGAGAGAAGAAAGUCGGGUUUUCUACUGAGUCAUUUUAUAAAUGAGCUUUAAUAAACACCACUGCGAACAACAA